AUGAACCUCAUCCAGGCUGUGAAGCUGGUGCGCGCCCUCGACAGGGCGAAGGCAGAGGGAACACUGGAGGAAAAACUGCGAAAGGGUCUCAUCGCCAUUUCGGUCCUUGCAGUGAUCUCGGUGCUUGCAACACUGUCUUUGCUGCUCUUCAUCUCCUAUCGUUUGAUUUUCUGGAAGAAAAGCUACGCUCGUUACAUCGGUUAUAACCAAUAUGUCAUUCUUAUUUACAACCUCGUUUUGGCGGACCUCCAACAGUCUAUCGCUUUCCUGAUAUGUACCCACUGGAUCGCGCACAACAGGAUAGACUCACCAUCAACAGCCUGCUUCCUUCAGGGCCUAUGGCUGCAGAUUGGUGAUCCGGGCUCUGGCCUGUUUGUCCUGAUAAUCGCAGCCCAUACGUUCAUGAUGGUCACACUGGGCCGCAAACUCUCACAUAGGGCAUUCGUCGUGUCUGUGAUCGGAAUAUGGGUCUUUGUGGGCAUACUGGUGGUCAUCCCUAUCGGCUCUCAUGGUGGUGUAGAUGUUUUCAUUCCGUCAGGGGCUUGGUGCUGGAUUGACGACGCAUUCGAACCCGAUCGAUUGUGGACGCAUUAUAUCUGGAUCUUCCUGGCCGAGUUCGGCACCGUCACUUUGUACGCUAUUAUGUUCUUCCAGCUGCGCCGGCGGAUCCAUCAGUCUGCUAUCCUAGGCAAUAGCCAGAGGGAAAGUCUGCAACGUCUGAGACGUGUCGUCAGUUACAUGGUUGUCUACCCACUUGCUUAUUUGGUAUUAUCCCUUCCACUUGCGGCUGGCCGCAUGGCAUCUGCUCGGGGAAACACACCUGGCAUGGCCUAUUUCUGUCUCUCAGGAGCAAUGAUGACCAGUUCCGGUUGGGUCGACGUGCUCAUAUACACAUUGACCCGCAAGAAUCUCAUCAUCGAAUCCGAACCUAGCCGCGAUCGCAGCUACAACCACAUCUUCAGCAACGGCCCGAAGAGUGGUGGUGUCGGAAACAACAUCACGCUCAUUACUGUCGACAAGAAAGCGAACCGGAGUGCCCUCCGGGGUCACGAUGCUGACGACUCAUCCCAUGCCCGCGACGGUUCCACAGACGAUAUCGUCCCGAAGGGACCUGAGUUUGGCAAAGUGUACCAGGAGACAACUGUCGAGGUUACUUCCGAACCAGCGUACCCAGACGACCAAAGCGGACGCUCGAGUAGGGACCUGCCGGAAGAACCGCGUAUGCCUGAACGUACUGCGACUUCGAACAGAAUGUGGUAG